CUCGUUGGAGAAGGGCGGGCGACCUCCACCUUCAACAUUAUGCAACUUGGCUAUCGCAAGUCGGCUAACACGACUUAUGGAAGCGUGUUACGCGUGUUCUAACGUUAGUCGGAUGAACCGAUCGACGUUCAUGUGUGGUAUUUCUAAUUAACAUUAUGGCGGUUCAAAUAUUAUACAUAUUGUGGUGUACAUUUUUAACAAGUGUUAGUGCUAGUGUUGUAAAAUUUAACGAAACAGCGUUUGCAUCUCUCCCACCAUUAUAUGCGUUGGACGAUUGGAAACAAUGUCAGCGGCCAGGGGACCAGUACUGCAUUGUGGAUGCUGCGUUGGUAUCGCGACAUCCGUCCCCCGGGCUCAUGUUACUGCAGGAAUAUUCAAAGGAAACGCUAAAACACUACAAUAGAACGCAGAUUCACCGCGGCGUGUGUGUCACAAGAUGUGGCUCUCACGAGAACACAACUGGCGUCUGGGAUGCAGCGCAGCUUUGCUUAAAUGACAGUCUGCUCAAAUAUGGUUUAGAGGCCGAAGUGUUAUCCGUGGACUGGUGCACCACCGCGGGAGCCUCUCCAGCCAGUUCAGGCUCGGCGCUAGCGCUGGCCGCGCUGUGCGUGGUGCUGCUUACGCUCGCCCUCCUCGCCACCACGCUGCACGCGCUCGGCGAACGAUGUGCCACAUUUAAUGGCAACAAGUACUUGCUCGCGUUUUCCAUGAAACACAACUGGCAGAUUUUGACUUAUGAUCGCUCAAAGCCACGGUCUGACGAGCGAAUGAAGUCCAUAGCCUGCAUCGAGGGUAUGAGAGUAUUCGGCCUAGUGAGCGUGAUAUUCUCUCACGCCCUGCUUAUAUACGUGUACUCCUUUACCGACAAUCCGGAAUUCAUUGAAAAUAUGUACGAUCAAUUCGUAUGGCAGACCUUGUUCAACACGCCCAUAUGGUUGCAAGCUUUCUUUUCCAUGUCCGGCUUCCUAACUACCUACGUGAUACUCAUCACCAUGGACGAAAAGCCAAUCACCUUUUGGAAAUGUCUGAUUGGUAUCAUCAAUAGGUACAUUAGGUUGACGCCCGCAGCAGGUUUUGCCCUAUGGUUCAUCAUAUCGUGGUAUCCGUACCUGGGCUCCGGACCACAGUGGAAUUGGAUGGUCACCAGGGAGGCCCACGACUGCUCAGAGAGGUGGUUGUACCACAUACUCUACGUACACAACUACCUUGAAAUGGGGAAAAUGUGUAUGGGACACACUUGGUACUUAGCAGCUGAUAUGCAACUGCAUAUCGUGGGAUUGUUCCUCAUGCUGCUACUGGCCAGAUAUCGGAAGGCGGCUGUUCUGGUGUUGCCAGCCCUGGUCAUCGCGUCAGCGUUGGCAGCUGGACUAGUCACAUACUUCAAUGAAUUGACUCCCAUUAUUACUGGCCAGUCACCCGAAAUUCUACGCACUAUAUUCGCCGGCACCAAGAUUCUAACGAUGCUGUACUUACCGUUCUGGAUGAAUCUAUCGGGCUACGUGGGGGGGAUAAUCACAGCUUUCAUUUUACAUUACAUACAGGUCAACGGUAUCAGACUCAAUGAGAUGAAGUGGUUCAACAUGCUGUUCCACAUAGCGUUGACUCUGGGAGGGUGCGUGGCGAUGGCGGGCACGGUGUUCCUCUCUGACACUGCCCUCCCUCUCUGGGCCUCAUCACUGUACGCCGCUCUGGACAGAACGCUCAUCACCGUGUUCUUUAACAUCUUUAUGCUGGGCUGCUUCAGUGGAUGUAAAUCUGGCCUGAGGAGUAUGCUGUACUGGCGCGGCUUUCACAUCCUGGGCAGGUUGUCGUACUGCGUGUUCCUUGUGCACUUCAUAAUACUCAGGCUGGUUUUUGCUGGAAACCCUCAGUUGGGGCAUGGAUCCAUUUAUACGUUGAUAUCUCUGCUAAUAACAAUCAUGGUGCUUUCCAUCAUCGCCGCUAUACCAUUCUGUCUGCUGGUUGAACUACCAGCGAUAGAGUUGUGGAAGGCCAUUACAGAAGGCGACCGGACCGAACGCAAGUCCACCAGCCCUGUUCGCCAGCAACAUCGGGAACCUGUCAUCCACACCAUCAUGCCUGCAGUCAAACCCAUGGAUCUCUUAACUAAUGUUCGAAGGAGAAACGAAGUUUAGAUUUAAAAAGUAUAUUUUUUUAACAUUGAGGGGGCAGUCGGAUAGAUUCAAGGAUCGAUUAGAGAUGCCAACUGUCUAAUAGCAAAUUUGAUUUAUUUAUUUUUUGGAAAACGUACGUAGCUGAAUUACAGUCAAUACAUAAUCAAAUUUAUAUCUAUGUUAAGCCAUUAAUCGUUUUCACAUUUGCGUAAUGACACAACUGAUCGGUUUUUAUAUAUGCAAAAUACAUAUAUACAUAUAUAUAUACACACAUAAAACACACACACAUUAUAUACAUACACACGCACAUAUACACACAUAUAUAAUGAUUAAAAAGUUAUAAAUUUUGAUGAGACACCUUUUAGCUUAAUAUAUUAUAACAAAACCUUUGUGCCAUGAUGGUCUUGAGUCAUAGUAGCCAGUAAUUUCAUUGUCUUAUCUAUAUUCUAUAAACACAGAGACACACAGAGGUGGAUUAAAUAUCUUUUUUUUUAUACAACUUUGAAUGGCAAACAAGUUGACGGUCCACCUCAUGGGAAGUGGUAACCGUCGCCUAUAGACAUGAGCAGUACCAUGAACAUAACAGAGUAUACUGUUUCGCCCAUGAUACCUCCCAUGCGUUGCCAUUCCUGGGACUCAGGUGUUAUUCCUCUGUACCCAGUAAAUUCACGCCAUAUCCCACCCUUCAAACCGAAACACAACCAUGCAAACACAGUUGCUUCAUGGUUGAAACACGAAUAGGACAGAGGUACCUAAGCAAUCGAAAAUCUUUGAGUACUCUAGACAAAGCACCUCAUUGACGCCCCUGCAUCAGGAUAUAUAUUAUACAUUUUAAUUUAUAUAAGUUAUAAUUAGCAAUAAUAGUAGUAAAUAUUGAGUAGUUAUGAAUUAUUUAUUUAAAAACUAAUACAUUUAUCACAUUUAUAGACAAUUAAAAAAAAAAAGAAAAUUAAAAGUUUCUGUGUCUACAUUUGUCUUGCCAGGUUAUCAAUAACAUCGUUAUAGUUUAAAGAUGGCAAUAAUUUUGUUCAAUGUUAAGUGUUGCCAACGAAUUUAAUUCUCUUAUCUGUGAUGUUUGAGCGAAGAUAUUUUUUCUUUCUCUUUAGACAGGAAAAUCUCCGUCACUGCAACUGCUAACUGCCGCCAAUAUGCACAUUCUUAAGGCUAUAUUAAUGUUAAAAUUGUAUAAAUAUAUUUUAUAUUGUGUAAGUGAGUAUAGGUUAAGUUUUUUUCUUUAUUUAAAAGUUCCAAGCGCGCGCCAUUUUGUUUGCGUUAAGGAUAAUUCGCUUCUAGGAAUACAGCUUGCAAGUAUUCUGCUUGAUGGAUCUCCUCAACGGAGAGGCUUAUGUUGAUGAUGAUGGUGAUGAUGAUGAAAUUGGGAUACAAUAUAAGAUGGAAAAGGACAUAGAUUAUUUUUUGUCCCUGUCAGUAAACAUAUCCUGGUCAUACGGACGACGUCGCGAGUAAAAGCUAGUAUUUAAUAUCUCUAAGGUGAUAGAUAAGAACACUACAGUACAGGGCGGAAAGGGAUUGUUAGUAAUGGAGACUGAGAAUCCCAUUGCUAGCUAUAUACCUAACCAGGUCGACCUCUUAGCCAUUCCCCCUGGAAACUAUUAUGGUUAAUUCCUGAUGAAUUCAUCAUAAUGGGCUAACGGGGGUUACCAUUCCAUUUUCACUCAUAAAAAAAAACACCACAGUACUACAUCGACAUAGUGAUAGAGAGAGAUUAGAUAUGAAUUUAUUUUGUUUUACUGAAACAAUGUCUGUUGAUUAUCGUUUCGAUAAAUAAUCUCUGUCUGAUAUUUUAUCGAAUUAACCACAGAUAAAGGAAUAAUAGGUACUUACAAACAUAGAUUUAGUAUAAGAUCUAUGCUUAGAAUUGACAGUCCAUAAAAGGAAAUAAAAUACAUCGAAAUUUUUUCACUAUUGGUAUUAUUUUGUUGAAUUCCGCUACCAUUAUUAUUGAGAUGAUGUUCAAAUAGUAAUUAAAGUUUUGUUAAUUAUUUUUUCUUUUAC